AUGUCAGUUAAAGACCAAUAUAGACAGAAAAGUCCAGAUGACGUGGUUAUCGUAGCAGCCUAUAGAACAGCUUUAACCAAAGGUGGUAAAGGUGGUUUUAAAGAUGUUCGUUCAGAUUUCAUCUUGAAGCAGUUAACUUCCGAGUUUAUCAAAAAGACUAAUUUGGACCCAAAAUUGGUCCAGGAUGUUGCUAUUGGUAACGUCUUGCAUGCUAGAGGCGGUGACUUUGAACAUCGUGCUGCUUUGAUGGCUGCUGGGGUACCCUAUACUGCCUCGUUUAUCGCAAUCAAUAGAUUAUGUUCAUCGGGUUUAAUGGCAAUUUCUCAAAUCGCCAAUAAAAUAAAAUUGGGUGAAAUCGAAUGUGGUUUGGCCGGAGGUGUUGAGUCUAUGACUAAAGACUAUGGUCCUCAAGCUUUGAUCUCUAUUGAUCCUGCAUAUGCUGAAGAUGCCGAAUUCAAAAAGACACAAAUUCCAAUGGGUAUCACUAAUGAAAAUGUAUGUGAGAAAUUCAACAUCCCAAGAGAAGCCCAGGAUAAAUUUGCUGCUGCAUCUUAUAAUAAGGCUGAAAAAGCUCAAAAAGAAGGAAGAUUCAAGGAUGAAAUUUUACCUAUUGAAGUGGUUCAAGAAGACGACGACGACGAUGAUGAAGACGAAAAUGAAGACGACGACGAGCCAAAGGAGAAGAAGGUAUGGAUCGAUCAAGAUGAAGGUAUUAGACCUGGUGUCACUGCCGAGAAGUUGGGCAAGAUAAAACCAGCAUUUAAGGAAAAUGGGUCAUCUUCUGCCGGUAAUUCAUCGCAAGUUACAGAUGGUGCAGCAUUGGUUCUUUUAAUGAAGCGUUCUUUUGCUGAAAAGCACGGGUUUAAACCUGUUGCUAAAUACUUGUCCUGUUCCAUCAGUGGAGUUCCUCCUGAAAUCAUGGGAAUUGGUCCAGCAGUUGCUAUUCCCAAGGUAUUGAAACAAUUGGAUUUGAAAGUUGAUGAUAUUGACGUUUACGAAAUCAAUGAAGCUUUUGCUGGUCAAUGUUUAUAUUCUAUCGAAAGUGUUGGUAUUCCUCAAGAAAAGGUUAAUAAGAAUGGUGGCGCAAUUGCUUUGGGCCAUCCUAUGGGCUGUACUGGUGCUAGGCAAUAUGCUACUAUUUUGAGGUUAUUGGAACCUGGUCAGUUUGGUUUGACUUCAAUGUGUAUUGGUACUGGUAUGGGUGCCGCUUCUGUAGUUGUUAAAGAGUAA